AUGGCAGUUAGCAGGAUCCAAAGUGCCACAGCAGAAGUGCUGAUUGCAGUUCCCCUCCAGUUCCGAAACCUCAUCUACCAAACCGCCGCCGGAAACAAUCCCCAUGUUCAAUUUCCAUUCCAGGAGAUUAGACUGAUUCGAGGCACGCGCCCGCAUCCACCCCACACUGAUCUCGAAGAAGUCCGUAACUCGAUCACGCUUCAGUUCAAUGGUGCUCCCGAAGGUCCUAUUGUAGCACACCUCUUCAAUGACGGAACAAUCAAAACUUCCCGCGAGAUGCAUGAGGAGAACAAUCGAAGGGUGAUUGCAGAAAAUAGGUUGAUUACCGAAGAAAAUAAAUUCCCUGCACUUCAACAGACAGCCGCACGAAAACAGGCUGUGACAAGAAUGAUGUCGAGAAUCCAAGCUGCGAGGGUUGAUUCCUCAUUGAGUAUCAUUCAGAAACAGUUGGAGAAAGACAGUGCACAGCAAGAGUAUAGGCUGUUUCUACAAAGCCAGGCUCAGGCAAGAGCGGCGACGGCCGUUGCGGCCAGUGAAAACUGA